AUAUUUAUAUCUUGCAUUUGACAACUUACUCAGCGUUUCUCGUAUUGUGGUACAAUUGCUCAUACACCUCAGCAACUUGUCGCUAUGAAGGUUCCUACAGAGAUCGCAUUACGAACAGGUUACACAAUGCCCACACUGGGUCUCGGAGUUUUUGAGAACGACGAAUGUGCAGAAGCAUGCAAGGUCGCGCUGCAGAACGGAUACAGAAUGAUCGACUCUGCGCGCUACUAUCAUAACGAAGCAGGAGUCGGAUUAGGUGCAAGGCAAAGUGGCAUUAAUCGAGAAGAUAUCUUUAUCACUUCUAAGAUUUACCAUCCUGAGUUUGGGUAUGAUAGUACGCUGAGGGCGGUCAAAGACUCUAUAAAGAACCUAGGAUUUGGUUAUUAUGAUCUCUACCUCAUUCACAGUCCUCUCACGGGCAAAGCGAAUAGACUCGCGACGUACAAAGCUCUGCAAGAAGCAAAAGCAGCAGGCCUCGUGAGGUGCAUAGGGGUGUCGAACUACUCUGGCAAGCACAUUGACGAGAUCAUUGAGGCUGGGUACGAGUUGCCAGACGUGAAUCAGGUGGAGCUCCACCCGUUCUGUCAGCAGCGUCCUAUCGUCGAAUACUGCACAAAACGCAACAUCGUCAUACAGGCCUACACGCCUCUCGUACGUGGCGCAAUGGACCACGCCGUCAUCCAGGGCUUGGCGAAAAAAUAUGAGAAAGAUGCUGCGCAAAUCCUCAUUCGUUGGUCGCUCCAGAAAGGAUUUAUUCCCCUCCCAAAGUCCGCUAAUGAGCAGCGCAUCAUCUCCAAUGGGAAAGUCUACGAUUUUGAGAUUGCAGAGACGGAUAUGGCCUUGUUGGACACACUCGACCGUGGCGCGGAUGGAGCGGUCACCUGGAACCCUGUAGGUGCUGAGUGAAGAGUCAGGCCAGAUUCAGCGGCAGGAGUGAGCUGAAUAAGAGGUGAGAUUUACGAUACCUAUAUCUGGCACAAUUUAUGCGUUAUGAACGGACUGCGAACGACUGAGUUAAAUUGCAAUUUGAAUGGCUAGUCGUACGAAAAGCUGUCAACGUUACAAUAUGAUACAUCGUAUUAGUUCUCGUACGCUUGCUCCCAGAUUCAUCCCCAGAAAUACCUUGGGCAGUCAUCCUUUCAAGCUAUCCGCUAUAUUUAUGUCAUACAUUUGUUUCU